UUGAUCUAGUGUAUUCGCUGUGCCUUAUUGCGGCGUUUGGGAUGCGGCCGCUGACUGAGAGAAACACCGACGGGUUUAAGUAAAUAAUGUUAACGUUAAGGAGACAGAUGUUUGUGGAGUGAAAGAGAGAGUGUGUGUGAAAGUCUGUGUCUGGGGCUCUUCAUAACGGUGCCUAAACAAUGGCUACAGCUGCCCUCCUGCUGCCUUUAUACCGUAUCAGGACAUUGAGCUCAGCGUCAGUUAAACAUUCCUCCCAAAUCCUUCACAGGACCAGUGCGGAGUUGCAUCAUGGACCUUUCGGUGUCCUGUUCCACCGGAGGAACGUGUCUACUGAGAAGUCUUUGUGCCACAGAGUUUCUGAACUGGCAGUCAGAGAGAGGACGGUGCUCGAUCGGCUGUACGACGGACUGGUCAGGGGUCAGAGGUCAUCUCUGGCUGAGAGUAUAACUCUGGUGGAGACGCAGCAUCCUCGCAAGAAGGAGUUGGCCCAGGUGCUGCUGCAGAGGGUGCUGGCAUACAGGCAAGAGUGCGAGAGGAUCGCAGGAGGGAAACCGAUGGCCUUCAGAGUGGGUUUGUCUGGUCCUCCUGGUGCUGGUAAAUCCUCCUUCAUUGAGGUUCUGGGGAAAAUGCUGACAGGAAAAGGCCACAAAGUGUCUGUCUUGGCUGUGGACCCUUCCUCAUGCACUACAGGAGGUUCGCUGAUGGGGGAUAAGACACGGAUGACCGAGCUUUCGCGAGACAUGAACGCCUUCAUCCGGCCGUCACCGUCUUCGGGCACGCUCGGUGGGGUAACAAGGACCACCAAUGAAGCCAUAGUCCUGUGUGAAGGAGCAGGAUAUGACAUCGUGCUCGUCGAAACAAUGGGUGUUGGACAGUCUGAAUUUGCUGUGGCUGAUAUGGUAGACCUUUUUGUAUUGUUGAUUCCGCCAGCAGGAGGCGACGAGCUACAGGGAAUAAAGAGAGGCAUCGUUGAGAAAGCCGACCUGGUCGUGGUCACGAAGUCAGACGGUGAUCUGGUCGUUCCGGCACGAAAGAUUCAAGCCGAGUACACGAGUGCAUUAAAGCUGCUCAGAAAGAAAACCAAAACCUGGACACCUAAAGUGGUCCGGGUGUCUGCUCAGACAGGACAGGGUAUACCCGAGCUCUGGGACAUCAUGCUGCAGUACCGUGAUGCCAUGUUGUCUAGCGGUGAGCUGCAAACCCGCAGGCGUGAGCAACAGAAGGUCUGGUUGUGGAGCCUGAUCCAGGAAAACGCCCUGCGCCAUUUUCAGGAACAUCCACAGGUUCAAGCAGCGCUGCCCGAGAUGGAGCGCAGGGUGGCACAAGGAGAGGUUUCUCCCGGACUGGCAGCCGACCUCCUGCUGAGGGCCUUCAGGACCACACAGUAACACAAAGCCCAUUUCAUACAGAUGUGAAGAAGAAUGAAUCAUGACACUUUCCUGGUUUAGCUUCGUUAUUUGGGUCGAUGUAAUCCCGGGCAGAUUGCGGAUGUCUUUGCUCUUGUGUAUCUGAUUGAGAUCAUGAAGCAGGGGUGGACAAAUCAUCCUAAAAGCAGGUCAGGCUCAUAUGAGAUUCCCAGGUCCACGCUUUGGCCCUGAAACCUAACCGAUAACACUAAAAAAGGUGCUAUUUACAUUUCUGAAUUUUGGCAGACGCUCUUAUCUAGAGCUGAACACCUGAUUGCAGAGUUAGUUAAUUUAUAGCAUUAUUGCUAUUGGUUUCUGUCUCGAAAAAUAUCCAGCAAGUCGUCGGCCACCGUUUUCACAGUGCACGUGAAAGGUAUUGACUCAAGUAUAAAUCUUUAUUUUCUCUCUCUAUUUUCCUGUUUGUUUUGCUUGCAGGAGACAUAUGUGUGUGUGUGUGACAUGACUGAUUUGCGCCUCACUUUACUUUGCUUCAUCUAGACUGCAUUUUCAGUCCCACAAUUUCCUAAUUCUUAAAAAAGUUUGUACUUGUGUUAUUGAUUCACGCGAAUUAAUGCAGAAGAAGGUGGGAUUCAGGACAGGUUGCGUACGCCGUAGUCGCAGCAUCGUGAAACACGUUAUGUUUAAAUAAAUAACCAUAUAUAAAUUUGUUUUAUGAAAGCCAAAAGCAAGCAGGGUUUUUUAACUUCCUCUGUUUUGUUAAAUGAGACCAGGCAAGAAAAAACUAUGCAGUCUGACAAUCUACUCUACUUUUUUACGUUUUUCUAGAGGUAAUUAUAAGUAAAAAAAAACGAAUAGCGAGGACGUGUUAUCAUCUUGUCUCGGAUGCUGGGGCUACCGAUUUGUCCCCCCUUGCCCUGAUGGAUGGGGUGUUAAUGUGGAGCACGUUUUAUAACCGUGCAGGAUUACAAUGUGUGUAUAAACAGAGAUAUCACUCAGAGAACUCAUGUUUGAGCUAAGCUGCUAAACCUGCUACUAAGUUUUAUCCAUCCAGUGCUGACCAUGGCAGGAUACACCCUGGACGGAGUGCCAACCCAUCGCAGGGCACACACACACACAUUCACUCACGCAAUCACACACUACGGACAAUUUUCCAGAGAUGCCAAUCAACCUACCAUGUAUGUCUUUGGACCGGGAGAGGAAACCGGAGUACCCGGAGGAAACCCCCGAGGCACGGGGAGAACAUGCAAACUCCACACACACAAGGUGGAGGUGGGAAUCGAACCCCCAACUCUGGAGGUGUGAGGCGAACGUGCUAACCACUAAGCCACCGUGCCCCCCUAGGGAAAUUUGAAUAUUUAAUAUACUUCUCUGAUUAUUGUUUUAUAAACCCUAUCAGAACUGUUACAAUGGUAAAUGUGACUCUUGUACAGUACAUUAUGUUCGGGUUUUAACGAGUGAAUUAAAUAAGUUAAAACGUUCCAUGAUUCGAGCGUUUUUGUGUUUGGUUUAAAUACACGCUAUUUAAACAGCAUGCUAUAAAUGAAUUCAUAAUCAUCAUUUCUUUCUCAAGUGGUUUGUCACAUUUCUUUUCAGCACCGUAGCUCGGCUUCUUCUGAAAAGACGAAAUGAUUUAUUAUAUAAAUGGACAGGUCUUCGUCCUUGUAGAGGAUUUUAUUUAAAUAAAGAAUCCUCUCUACUACCUACACGUGGUGUGUGACUGUCGUCGCGUAUAAACACUAGUCGCCCUGGUUAAUAUGGACGUACGUUUACACAGUUGCUGCGUGUUUGAAGCUGACCACCAGCAUUAAAGGUGCUUUUCACUUUUUACAGACCUUAUUUUGAUCCUUUGGUUUCUGAGCUGCUGUGUUCUUGAAGGUGGCGAAGCUAAUUUUCAGGCCAGAAAAAAAUGUAAACCGAAGCUAUAAAUGACAAUAUUGUUAUUUAUAUCUGUACAAAGACAUUAAACACACUUUCGAGCUGAUAUCCAUUAAGCCGUUUUGACCUUUUUGAUUGCUUAAAGUUGAGUGCAAAUGUUUGCACACCCUGUGAAAAGCGAGGUUUUUAAAUAUGGGAAAUUUGUACGUUUAUGAAGAUGUAUACAAAAAUGUUCUGCUCAAGCGAAAGAAUAAUCUGGUUUAAUUAUCAGUCGAUGAUGAGCCGUCGGUGUUGAUGACCUUGACUCUGGUACACCGGUUUAGAUAGCUACUAACCAUUUCAUUUAAUAGGAAUUAAAUGUCCUGAAUCUAUAUAAGAGUCACAGCAGCACCAUUUUUGAAAUAAUAGAUUUUAUGAUGCACUGUUAGACAUUUAUUUUAUAACCAACCCUGAUUGAUACUCUCCCAGAAUGUAUGCCUGGACCUGUUUAGAUAGCUUCUUGUCCUUCAUUAUGUUUUAUUAGUUAUGUUCCCUAACAAGCUCAGGUGAACAGGAACAGAUGUAUUUAAAUUAAAGUCAUGUGACGUUUGACAAUAAACGCACACAUGUGUACUACUUACUUGUUUGCACGAAUAUUCAUGCCUAUUGGUGCAAUCACUGCUUUUACAUUUUUUUUUUAGAUUUAAUAACUAUAUGGUUGCCCUGCAAUGGGUUGGCACUCCGUCCAGGGUGUAUCCUGCCUUGAUGCCCAAUGACGCCUGAGAUAGGCACAGGCUCCCCGUGACCCGAGGUAGUUCGGAUAAGCGGUAGAAGAUGAAUGAAUGAAUGAAUGAACUAUAUGGUUUUGUUUGUGGGGCCACGGUGGCUUAGUGGUUAGCACGUUCGCCUCACACUUCCAGGGUU